UCAUCUAUGGCAAAAGGUAUGGAUUAGUUUUCUAAAUUUAGGAGAUAGACUCUAUAAGUGAGCAUGAGAGUAGAUAGUGAAUGAAUGUAUUUUUUUUACCCCAGAAGGCAAACCACUAAAAUCAGUGGGGUAAAUGCAGGGGUCAUUUACUGAGUUUUUAUUAAUGGUCAACAGCUAAACACAGAAAUUCAGGGGGACCAAACCAAAUCCGAGAAAAUAAAAUACAUAGAUUAUAAUCUAAUAGAAGGAAUUCCAAAAUAAUCCAUCCAAAAUGCCCUUUUCACAAAAAUAGGCAAUUGAUCCAUCUUCGUAAAAACCAGAAGCUUGUCUGUAUGAAUCUGGGCUAAAUGAUGUGCAACCCAGUUGCCUUCCCUAUUCGUAUGCCCAAAUUGUAAACCUUUCCUAAAAGCUUGCUGUAGAGUUUCCUGAACUUCAAUCUUCCAUCUUCUUCCUUCUUUACCUUCGACAUACUUCAGUGCCAGGUUAGAAUCGGUUUCUACCUGAAAUUCGGAGAAUCCUUUUUCAACCGCCCAUCUUGUAGCGAAUUGAAGAAUAUAGCCUUGAGCUCAGCUUCCAACGGAGACAAAGCAUCCACCGGAAAGCAGAUUGCUACCUCAAACGUUCCUUUCCGGUCGCGCAUAAUAGAUGACUAAGUAACUCGCAUCCACAUUUAAUUUCCAUUUCUUAAUUGGCUUAAACCAUCUGAUGAUUUGAGGUUUGAAACCCCUGAGCUUGAAAUUGCGAGGAACCAAUCCUUCUGCAAUCAAAGUUUCUCCAAUAUGCCGAACAUUGGUAUUAGAGAGACCAUCCAAGAAGGUUGACAAGCAAUGGGGAAAUAGGUAUCAAAGUUUUCCAGAGGCAUCAAAUGGCUUGAAACUUAUCAUUGAGAGCAAAACUUUUUGUUUCAAUAUUAUUGGUUGCAAUACUAUUCGAAUAUCUGAAACAAAAUGUGGCAUUUCAUCUAGUGUUGAAAUUGAUAUUGAAAGCAUUAUUUGGCUAAGGGACUCCAUUUAUACUAUUCUAUCUGAUAACUGGUCUUGCACCAAAUUAGAGCUGUAGAAUUCUUUUUCUAUUUUCUAUGAUGUUAAUUGCUUUGGCGGUUUCUUCCGUAUCAUUGAUAGGGGUGGCGAAUCUUUGUAUAUUCCCGAGGGAAGGAAUGGAUUAGGGAUUAAGCUCUUUCUGUCAGGAAUUAUGAAAUCAAUCAUUUUGUUGAAAGAAGUCAAAGUCAAACAGCCACCUCUACUACUUGAACAUAGUCCAAGGGAAAACACUAAUUUUGAGUGGGAUCUUGUCACCUUGGAUAGAGAUCUCCCUCCUAAUGAGCUUUCAAUUUCUGGCACUCUUUUUCAAAUUGAUGUUGAAAAGUCUGACCUCUGUGACCAAUCUUUGGUGCUCCAUUCUGAAAUUGACUCCUCGUUAUCACAUCUUAAGGAUUUCUUUCAAACUAUUAUGACUCAAGGGGUGGACUCACUUUCUAAAUUUUUAAUCAAAGAGUUUGAAAGAAUCAUUGCCGGUAAACACGGUGAAGAACAACACACUACGGAGUGUACACCCACAGAUAGUCUAAGAAAUGUGUCUUCAGGUAAUAGCCAAAAGGGACCUUUGGAAAAAGGGAAAGCUACUAGGUGUACAUUUCUAGAGAAUCCAAUGGAGGCUUAUACAGGUUAUCAGCAAGGUUUUGAUUUUGAGGAAGCAUAUAGUGAUUCCUUCUUUUCACAUCCGGAGAAUGAAUAUCUUGGUCAUGCUUCAGAAAAUGAGAAUAGGGUUCCGAUCUCGACAGUAGAAGACCUGUGGGACACAAAGCUUUGUUGAUCACAAGAGAGAAUUACUUACCUACAGGUAAUUUGAACACUGGCAUUGGAAUGUACAGGAUGAGUAAGCGGCGGUCACACCAUAUGAGGACAAGAUCCCAAACUCGCGAGGAACCUUGAUCUGAGGUUUUAUUAUUGAGGGGGGUUUCUAUUGUACUUGGGGUUGGUUAUUUACUUUCUCGUUUUUUCUUUGUUUCUUUUUCCGUGCUUUGUUUUUGUACUUUCUUUUUCAUUAAUAAAAUAUCUUUUUAUAAAAAAAAAAAGAGACCAGCAACCCAGUUUUGAGUAUAUAAUUUUACUUGAACAAUCAAAUUAUCU